AUGAGGAUAAUCAAACCCCUUUCGUCUCGUCGAUCACACAGCAAUGGCAUCGUCGCUAAAAAAUGGCUGAAGCCGGAAGCUAGACCGGAGGUUAUUGACCAGCUGGUUGAUGGCGUGGAUCGCUAUAACCCUCACAAUGCCGGCCUACUUGAAGAUUAUCUUUAUCAUCAAAUUAGGGAAAAGGAAUACGACUGCCUUGCUAACCUCGCUAUCCUUAAACUUUAUCAGUUUAACCCCGAUCUCUACAACCCAGAUGUAGUCAUUAAUAUUCUUAUAAAAUCCCUCACGGCGGCACCAGCAUGCGACUUUAACCUUUGCGUAGCACUUCUCGGUGAGCGACAAAACCUUCCUCUCCCCGAUGGGGAACCAGACCCUCUGCCAGGCGCUCUGCAGAUUCUUACCCAAUUGUCUACACAACUCCUAGCAUGCCGUUUUCCUGCCUUUUGGGCUUUCUAUCGAUCCGAGGCAUGCGCUGCUCUACGGGAGAACUAUACUGUCGAGGUUGUAGGGUUUGAAGAUUCGGUCCGUGAAGUAGCGGUUCGAGCGGUGACGGCUGCUUUCAAGACUAUUACGCGAAAACGGUUGGGCACGUACUUGGAUCUUGACGAUUCAGACUUGGACAGUUACGUCGAAUCGCUUGGAUGGGAGCUAGAUGCGGCGACGGGUGUCAUUGCUAUCCCACCGAACCCAGACAAUCAACCAGUUGCGACUGUCAUUAGAGAGAACAUCCAGCUUCCUCAACUCACAAAGAUAAUCUCUCAGGCCCAGGCGGUAUAA